AUGGCUAUCGGUGACUCGACUGUAUUCUUUGUCCAGCCAGGCGGUCAGUGGAUCCAACCAACUGGUCAGCAAAACACUUUUGCCAAUGUAUCAGCCGCAAUCGCAGCUUCUGAAGUUGUAGCCCCAUCUCGGCUACAUUCCUUAGCUGAUGAUGCUCUUAAACCUAAAAAGACAAAGAAACGACCUGUCGAAAAAGACACUCUUUCCCGACGAUCUAAUCUAGCGAUCGGUAAAGAAGGAAGCAGAAGACGACAGCGAUGGGAUAACAACAAUUUUUCCGAGAAUCCUGUUGCUGUUCUUUAUAGUGAGGAUCUUAGACCACCUGGAUAUAGUCGUUCAAAAAAUAUAUUCCAAUGGAACAAUAUUGCAAUAAAUGAAGAAGAACCUGAGUCAGUGGAAGAAGAAAAUCAACACGUUCCAAUCCGCAGUAUUGUUCCACUAUCCCGUAGUGUUCGUAAAGACUUAAAACGAGCACAUCUUCCCUUGGGCCUUGUGUCAUCUUACGAGGAUCAGCUCAUGCGCUUUAUUGCUACUCAACAAAGAAGACCUCCUGGAGAGGUAGAUGCCCAAGAUCUGUGUUUAGUCUGGGAAAUCAGUGAUCGAUUCGUACGCUGGUUCGUGCAUGCGAUGUGUGAUUACUACAACCUCGAGUCCUUUAGCGAAACCAUUAGCUCAGGUCGCCGGAUAACGUAUAUUUGCCACAAGGCUCAUCUGGCCAGUGUUACCACUGGAGAAGAGUGCUCAAUUGAAGUAGACUGGAAGGUGCCACAGAUGUUGUUUGUUGAUUAUUUACGGACAAGAUGA